AGCGCGUGCGUGCGGCUGUACAUUCACUCCUCUCGCACAGCGUCUUUUACCCAACGCUAGAUCACACGGGUGGUGGUGGGUGCAUUGCUGUUCACGGGCCUCCCCACGCCCCUCCACAGAGUUUUUUUUUCGGCGGUGGAUAGAAACUUCCAUCAACAGGGCACACAUCUUCUAUGCCAACUUCACCACGUUUGGCAUCCAACAGCAAUUCUACAGCACCUAGACGACAUCGACUUAGUAUUACUAUUAUUAUUGUUAUUAUUAAGCUGAAAGCACAGCAUAGAUCGGCACACCCACGUAUGUGAGAAGCGCUUUGCACGCCUUCAUAGAAAAAGCUCCGUUGUGUGGUAGUUAUACAUCGCCCUCCCCCUCCUCCUUUUCUCUUACAGUUUUGCGCUCUUGGUUGUUCUGCUUACUCCGUAUAUACUCGCAGGUGCCCCACCGCCACAGCGAGAUCGGAUUCUCUUUUUUUUCUUCUUCUUCUUGCGUUUCCUUCACUGCUCAGCAGCAGCAGCCAGAGGUGGAAAAAGAAAACAGCAAUGCAGCCGGUGAGUCGGUCACCCGCCAGGGUGUCCUUUCGACACCUACGCGACCCUCGCAUCGGCACACAGAGUCCUUCCGCGGUCCGAUCGCAUGCGCGCACGUCGGCGGCGGUGUCGCCCACAUCUGCACCCGCACCACCACCGCCGCCACGCCAAAGCCUGGUCUACGGCCCCUUCUCCACCACGAGCAUCACCACCAUUGUGCGGGAGGGGAGCCGCAGCCCAGCACGCGAGGGCACCCCGGAGAAGCUAAUCGCCCCCAUUCAUACCGCUCAGCGCGACGAGAGCAGGACGCGUAGUGACAGUCGUGGCCCGGCACCACGCAGCUCCCGAGCUUCUUCUUCAUCGCAGCGGCACGCGACACCGACCAGCGACGAGCUCCGCGAGCUGCGGCAGACCCGCUCCCUCUUCCUCUGCGGUCGUGGACUCCUCUCUCUCCGCCACAUACAGCACCUGCCGGAGAUGCUGUCGCUGCGUUUUCUGAGUGUACACAUGAACGCCAUCAAGACGUUGGAGGCAGGCUGCUUAAGCACGCUGCGACAUCUGGUGGAACUGGAUCUCAGCGCAAAUGAGCUGCAGGACCUCCCGCCGGAGUGCUGGGCGGGCCUGAACCGGUUGGAGCGGCUAAAUCUGUCGAGUAACCUUCUCACUCGGUUAGGUCCUGAUGCGUUCAAGGGACUCGCUUCGCUGCAGUGGCUCUCGCUCGGCUUCAACAACGUGUCCGACCUCACCGGACUUUCCUCAGUGCCCGCCGCUGCGCCGCUCGCCUAUGUGGAUCUCUGCUCGAAUCGGAUUGCGACCGUGGAGGAGGUGCUACACGCCCUCACGCCGCACCGGGGACAUAUACGGGAAAUCCGCCUCGCGUCUCCUUCGGCGUCUACUGCCUCGCCGGACGUCACCAGAAGCGACGGGACGGCGUUGACGCUCACCGGUUCGUACUGGCAGGUGCAGGAGAACUUCCUGUGUCGCGGCGACGGCGGCGACCAUGCAGAUUCAACCGCGGAGAGCGCAGCUCGUACGUCGGGUGUGGUGACCGCCGGUGCUGCAGCUGCUGUACCGCCCCCGCCGGUGUAUGUGCAGCGGCUGUUGGCCUUUUUCCCCCACUUGAUGGUCGUCAACGGCGUCUCCUACGGGGUCGAUCCGCUCGAGAUGCUGACGCCGCACCCCGCAGCUGAAGCAGCAGAGCAGCAGCAGCAGCAGCAAGACGGAGGACGCGCACGAGAAGCGGAGGAGGAGGGCAUUUUAAUGACUCGAGUCGGUGGAACUGUAACGAGUCAAACGGCUGCAGGAGAACACGGGAAGAUGUUGGACACCAGUGAUGACUUCGCACGCCUGCUGUCACAGCCCCUCCCUCACCUGCCCCACACAUCGUCGCACUCCCCGUCGUCGUCGCGGUCCACCUCGUCCGCUUCACGGCAACACACCAGUCGACGAGCGUCUCGACGUCAAGGCACAAAAAGCGCGCACUCACGUAGUCGCAGUCGCAGCCGUUCGCAGAAGCACUCUCGCAGCGCGUCGUCCAAGAAACAGCACGAGAACACGCCAUCACCGAAGAUUGCGUCAACGACUGAAAGCGCGAGACGUGCCGCGACAGACGCCAACAACAGUGAAGACAACAGCAAUAGAAAUAAUCCUCACCAGUCGUUCUCUGCAACGACUGCAUUAUCUCCACCGGAGAUUACGCUGGUCCACCCCACGAAGCGACGACACAGUGCCCCGAAGCCACGCCGCGCCCCACUGCGUCGUCGAUCUGCGUCAUCCACCACCGCUACGACAUCGCACACGAGCAGCGUCACCGCCUCCCCUUCAAUUGUGCUGCCUCCGUAUUCGACGCCGCCGUCUUUGGAGCGACAGCAACAGCAGCAGCAGCAGCAAGAAGAAAAGAAACAGCGGUCCGGCACCGCCGCGAUGUCAUCACCGCAUGUGCGCCAGCUUAGCUACGAUGGCGGAGACGUAAAAGCUGGAAAGGAACUAACCCGCCAAGAAGAAGGUAAAGGAAAGCACGCGACCCCUGCCGCUACGCCGGUCUCCACAUCCGAUGCGCGUGAGAUAGCGGAGCGAGUGCAACGUCAAACGCCGUCCGAUGAGUUCAGAAAAACGAACGCACCGGGGAAGCGACGAUGGAGCGGCGGACCAGGUGCUGCUGCGGUGCGCUCCACCAAGCAGAGUGAGUCGGGUCUGUCGCCAUCCGGUAUCACCGACGCUAGCGAUCUCUCGCCUUCUCCGGAGAGGGCGUUCGCGCCGCGGCGGGAGAGUACUUCCGCCGAAGGAGGAGAAGAGGAUGCGUUUUCGGUUCAUAUGAGCUGCAGUGGAAGUGCGGGGAGUAGUCCGGAGAGGCACAGCGCCGGUGUGGCGGAAGCGGGAGCGUUACGACCUCCAUCGUCCACGUCGCACCGCACCUCUUUACCCCUGCGUCAGCGACACGCAUCUGCCGGCGCAGGUGGCACCAGCCAAGCAGCUAAUCCAUCCUCUUCUACGAAGCUUCUCCCACCGCCGCCGGUUUUCUCGACCUCACCCGCAGCCCUGCAAUGGAAGCCAAAGCAGAUCUCACGUGGCACCGCCACGGAUGCUGCGGAGAUGCCGUCAAGGGAGGAGUUUGCAGCGGCAAUCGCGCAAAUGCAAGCGGAGAUGGACACGCGUGGGGUGCAGUUGCAAGAGCAGCUUGCAUUGCGCGCCACUACCAUCACCGACCUGCGCCACCACCUGGACCUCACGCGACGCCAGUACGUGGAGGCGCAGCGAGAGGCCCAGCAACACCAGCAGCAGCUGCGCAGUCAGGUUGCCGCGCUGAAGGACGAGUUGGCUCGGCGUGCGGAGGAGGCUUCGAUUCUGCAGCGGAAGCAGCAGGCGCAGCUGAAUCGUGCGGUGGACUCUGUAAAGGCAGAGUGGUCUCGCCGAUUGGAGGCGCAGGAGCAGCACCGCGCUGCGGUGCAGGCAGCGGAGCAGGCGCGCUGGGAGACGGCAGCGUCGCUGCUCACGGAGGAGAAGACGCAGCUGCAGCAGACGUGCACGAUGAAGACAUCCCAGUUGGCGACGCUCGAGCGACAGGUGCGGGUGAUGGAGGAGGAGAUAGAGAGGCUGCGACACGGCGCGGUGGCACAGCGGCAGUACGCCAUCGCACAAGCAACGCUGUUGGUGGCCGAAGCCGAUGCGCGGCGACAAAUGGAGGUGGCUGCGGCCACAGCUUUUCUGCAGAUUAUUGCGUCCUCCUCGAAGCGUCAAUCGAAGCUGGAGAGCGAGGCGCUGCAGGAAGCUCUCCGGCAAGUAGGCGAGGUCACCGAGGCGAUGGACAUGCAGCUGGCGGCCUUCACAGCGCAGGCGCGGCAGUACGAAGCGGCGCUGCAGCACGCAACACGCGACGCGCAGCAGCUACGGGAAGCACAACGCAGCGAUACAACCGAGUCGCCGCCGGAUGAAGAACAGCAGCAGCACACACCAGGCAAGGAAGUGAUCAAGGUCAACAGCGCCGUCGACAGCAGCGUCGUCGUCCCCCCCUCUCUCACCCACGGAAGCGAAGCGGAGGAUGCGCUACCCAGCGCUCUCGUCUCCACCCCCACCCUCACCCCCACCCACACACCGCAGCUGCCGCCACCACCGUCGUCGUGGACAGCACUCGUCGUCUCCUCUGUAAAACACGAGGAUACCUCCGCGCCAACCUUGCCGCCUCCUUCAGAUCCAAACGACACCGUUUCGGUCUACUGGCGCGACGUCUGCGCACGAGCGGAGGCGAAGCUGCGACGGGUGGAGGCCGCGUUGGCGGUGUCCACCACCACCCAGCAGACCCUCGCAAACGAGAAUACCCGCCUGCUGCACCGCGUUGAGUCGCUCGAAGCAGAUCAGGCGAAGGCGCGAGCGGCACACACGACCUUAGAGCACGUGGCGGCGCAGGAGAAAGAGAAUCUUCUGCGCACGUUGCAUACGUUGCGCGCUGACCUGCAAAACAAAGACGAUGCGCUCGAUGCGCUGGAAGGGGAAGCCCGAGAAAAGCUAAAUGAAAAGCGGCGGCGCAUUGCGGAGCUGGAAGAGGAAGUCGAGAAUCGCACGGCGCAGCAGACGCGAGCGACAGAGAUGAGCGUGUCGUAUCGUACGCAGCUGGAAGCCGCGCAGCGCCGUCUCGCUGAAGUGGAGGCGACGUUGGAAGAGGAGAAAAGCCGCAACGAUGCGGAGGCGCAGGUGCCAGCGAUGGAGCGGAAGCUGCGAGAGCUAUCGGAGCUUCUCGCCACCCGUGUCGCACAGGCGCAUCAGCACGAGCUAGAGAAGAAGACGCUCGUGAACACUCUCACCACUGCACGGGAGCAACUCAUGCGACUACACGAAGCAAACACGCUGCUGAACGGCUCGAACGCCGCUGCAAAGGAACAGCUCAUGCGGCAGCAGGUGGAGUUGGAUGCGGCGCGGCAGCAGCUGCGUGAUACACAGGAAGCCACGCGUGCGAAGCAGCGGGCCACUCGUGAGGCCCUCUCGCACCUGAUGACCGCGGACGCGUUUUGA